AUGAACUUUCUGGAGGAUGUCCCGUUUCAGACCUGUCUGGGUCCGCUGGAGGAGGAAGUGCAGCUCCUGACAGCUCCGGACAUCACUGUACCAAACUGCCGCCGGACAAUGAAGGAAACUGAGUAUGGAUUCAACCUGGAGAGAUGGAUUCUAACCGGGCAGCAGCCAGUCUGUCAGGCUCCUUCCUGCCCGCCUUACUGGCUGAUGUUCAGCAGCCCUCGGGAGAGUCACAGGGUCGGUCGCAGGGGCAGCGAUCCGUGGGCCCCCAGCCCCCGGCCCCGCAGCCACAGCCUCAACUCUGCAGACGCUCGCUGGCUGCACCAUCGCACCGUCAAGUUCCUCAUAUCUGACUCCGACGAUGAAGAUGAGGAAGGCUCGUCCACUGAAGAUGCACCUCACCCCGUCAAGAGCAGAGAACGGCCCCGGAGUGCUGCACCCAAAGACCCCGUCUCCAGGGUCAAAGACAUGCACCUCGGUCCUGCUGCUCACCACUGUAAGCCUGGUUCCCCUCAGUCACUCAGAGGCCACAGAGGUUCUCUCCCAGACUGCAGACAGCCUCUGCGUGCUCUGGAGCAGCACAGGUCGCAGCAAUGCAGCCCCCUACUUCACGGCCAGAAGAACGGCAAGAAGAGGCAGCGCUCACUGAGCUCUGGGGGCAGACGGUUCUCCCAAAACACACCACCUGCUGGUCCUUCUCCAUCCAGGCUGCAGCAGCAGCAGCAGCAGCGACCCUCCUCUGCAGGGCCUGUUGUCAAAAACCCCAGGAAGAAGGUCCUGACCACUAGUGGCUCUCGUGGAGUUUUCUUUGACUCUGCAACAGAGCUUCUGUCAGCACUCAGUCAGGAGGAGAGGGAGCUACUGGAAACCAUCACUGAGAAGGGCUACCCGUUACGCACAGCUAUUCUGGCUCUGCAGAAGACUGGUUACAGGAGCCCAGACAAGGUCUUAAAGUACCUGGUUGCCAGCGACCGCCUGUGUGAGCUGGGCUAUGAUGAAGCUCAAGUGGAGGAGGCCUUGGAGAUGUUUCAGAACUGUGAGAGCAAAGCUGCCGAGUUCCUGCGCCUGCUGACUCAGUUUAAUGAGAUGGGCUUCCAGCAAAGUGCCAUCAAAGAAGUGCUUCUUGUUCAUGAAAAUCACCGUGAGAGGGCUCUUGAGGAACUCAUGACACGCAUGGCUUAA